AUGAGAUGGCGAAGUAUGAUAUUUGCCCACAAUGCCGUAGUAAGAAUGACAGCUAACGAACGACACUACUCAAGCGAAUUAAAGAAAAUCACGCUUAUAAUUGCCAACAACGAAGAAAAUCAACAUUCAUAUUCAACCAAUACUAACAGUUGUUCUGUUCGUGGCGCAACGUUCUGUUUUUUUUCCUUAUUCUUGCCAACCAUUUUUUUUUCUCCGUUGAAUACAGAUCAAUUUGUAGCAAAGAAAAGAACAGCUUGGCAACCUUUUUUCAAAACAAUUCUGUUCGUUUCAGUUCGCACGAAAAUUACACCUCCAUUCUCAUCAUCAUCAAUUAUGAACGAUGCAAUAAUACAGUUCUGUAGUACAUGUAAAGAACUUGCUGGAUUCUAUUGCAAUGGCUGCAAUAAAAUCUUUUGCCAGCCACAUGCGGAUGAACAUCGGCAAUCGCUUUAUGAACAAUUUGAUUGGUUAGCAGUCGAUCAUGACGAUUUAGUUCAAAAGUUGAACCAAACAUCUACAAUCAUGCAAAGAAAACAUCCAUCAAGGCGAAUUAUCGAUAAAUGGGAGGAAGAAUCUAUAGAACAAAUUCGACAAACGGCGAAUGAAGCUCGACAUGCACUUAUGGACGUCUUUAAACUUCAUUUGAGUCAAUUGAGAGAGAAAUUAAAAUUACUCACCGACGACCUAAAUCAAAUAUAUGAAAAUCAAGAAAAAACAUUCGAUGAAAGAAAUAUCAAACAAUGGGCAACAGAUUUACGCAAUAUCAAACAAGAUUUUCUCACAACACCCGCGUUCACCGUGCGUAUUCAUGGAAACAAGCCUGUUGUGAUGCCAAUUAUCAAAAUUCAACCCGAACGAACAUAUCUCACUCCAACGACGCCAUCUCAGAAGCCAGCAGGUUUAAUCUCAAUCAAAUCAUCUCAAACAACAAAUCCAUUCGAAGCUCUGUUCCAUUCGACACAAUCACAAAAACCUAUCGAUCAUCCUCCAAGUUCUCCUUUACAAAAAGAUGAUCGAUUUCAUUCCAAAUCCAAUCAUGUGAAAAUUCUUGAUUACGGUCAAUUAAUUAUUCAUGAUUCAACUAAUGAAGAUGCAUCCAUUCUUGGUUUAAAUGAAUAUUCUCAUGGUGCACAUAGACUUUUCUUCCGUAUCGAAAGGCUACCUGUCAACGAGUGGAUUUUCUUCGGCAUCAUGUCGAAACAUGGCACAUUCAGUCAAAAAGCACACACCGAUACAUCUGCUCACGGUUGGACAGGAUACAACAAUGUUUACAUCCAUGGCAAAUCCAUGCCUGUUCUCAACGGAUAUCUCAGUAAUAUGCAAGUAAAUGACUUUGUUGAAUUAACAAUUGAUUGUGAUCGAGAAACACUUCAUCUUUGGCAUUCACGACAAAUGUAUAAGAAUAAACUUCCUAUUGAUAGACGUACAUGUCCUUUUCCAUGGCAAUUUUUAAUUAGUUGCCACAAUGCCAAUGCUUCCGUGCGUCUCUUACCGUUGUCGAUUGGUUCAAUCAUCAAACUUGAACAAGACAAAUUAAAUCAGAAAAUGAAAAUCAAAGAAAUUGAAUUUCCCAAGCGAAAAGAUUCGUUAACCGUUCAACAGAAAUCGAGUUCCGCAGAAAUUAUCUAA